AUGGCAUACGAAUUUUAUAAUCAAGAUGUAUUAACAGUCACAGUACUAUUCAUGUCGCUAAUUAAAUACGGAGAAAAAUUACGAAUAUUUUCAUUUUAUGUAUACAUUAGCUUGGUAACUGAGAGGGUUGUUAUUCUCAAUAAAUAUUUAAUGUAUAUUAGCGAUAUUGGGAUUGUAUAUUGGUGCACAACUGAAGUAUUUUAUCUCAUAAUUUUAUGCUUGUUGUGUGAAAAUGUACAUAAAAUACGUAAUAGGACAGAAGUUUUGGCAAACGAUAUUAUAAUGAAUUACAAUAUAUCCGAUAUAGUGAGAAAGCAGGCGAAAACUUUAAAGGAAGUGGUGGGUACAUGGCCAAUGAAUAUCAUAGUGUAUGGCAUGUUUCAGCUGAACGUAAAUUUUAUGUUAAAAUUUAUAAAUAUUUCUACCACAUAUUUCAUACUACUCAUUCAAGUCUCUCAUUUUAUAUAA